UGCUGGUGAAACAGCAGCGAACUGAGUCUUCGAACUUCUUCUUGUGUACCUGAAGUCAAAGUACCCACCACCAAAGCACCGAUGAUGAUGAGGCUUCGGCUCAGCGUCCUGCUCCUGCUGCUCCACCUUGGCUGUCUGACUUUGGCAUUGGCCAGCAGUAGGACAUCCUGCGGUAGUUCCAUCUGCGGUGGUCGCCGCUGGGAUGUGCAUCAUCGGCAGGACGACUACGACGAGCAUAUGGUCUACAGACAGCGGACAGAGCCAGUUAAGUCAAUGGGCCGCGAUGAUCCUGGGAACGAAAGGCACGAGGAAACGAGGGUCAGGUUCGACUCGACCCCUCGCCUGGAGCCACGUCAAGUUGAUGAGGAGCGUGUAGAACAGCGCGAAUCUCGUGAGGAGCGAGUAGAGCGACGUGAAACUCGUGAGGAGCGAGUGCAGCCAAGGGAAGAUCGUGAUGAACAUGUAGAUCCACGCCAAGCUCGUGAGGAGCGGGUACAACCACGUGAAACUCGAGAAGAACGAGAAGAGCGACGUGAUGCUCGGAAAGAGAGAGUACAGCGAAGUGAAGCUCGCGAUGAACGAGUACAGCGAAGUGAAACUCGCGAUGAACGAGUCGAGCGAAGUGAAGUUCGUGAUAGGCAAGUACAGCAACGUGAAGCUCGUGAACAGCGUGUAGAGCGUCGAGAAGUUCGUGAGAAGCGAGUAGAGAGACGUGAGACUCGGGAUGAACGAGUACAACAACGUGAAGCCCGUGAGGAACGCCUAAAACCACUUGAGGCUCGUGAAAAUCGUGAAGAUGGUGCGGAGCGACGUGAGGUUCGUGAAGAGCGGCGAGAAACGCGGGAUGCUCGCAAUGAACCUCGUGAAGCCCGAAAGGAAAGGGUAGAACGACAGGAAGAUCGAGAAUUCAGCAAGCGACAGGUCGAAACUCGUCGAGAAUCAGUCGAGAGACUAGGCGAACGUCGGGAAGAACGCGAAAUUUCCAGACGUGAACAACGCGAUAGCCGUAUCUUGUCUCGCGAUAAUCAUCGUGACGACAGAACUAGCGCAGAAACGGAAUUCUCCAGGCGUAUGGAACGGGAACCUGUAGAGCGAGCUGAACGAGAAUCUGAGCAGCGAAUGGAGCGAGACAAUCUUCGACUAACAGAGCGUGAAACUCGCGAACGAGUGGAACAACCAGAAGAACGACGUGUGGAACGAGGCUCCUCCAGACGCGAAGAGCGAGAGAACCGCGUUCGAUUUGAAGUUCGUCGAUUGGAUGAAAUUAGGCAAGAGCGAGACAACUCUCGACAGAGCUCAAGGCGCGAUAGUCUCCGCAGGGAAGAGCGCGACAAUGAUCGUCGAGAGGAACGGCGCGAGGAGCGAGAGUCAAAGAGGCGUGAGGAGCGCGAGGAAAGGCGUAGCGACGAAGGUCUUGAUAGGUACAAUAUGCGGCGAGUGGAGCGUGAAAUGAAUGAUGCCAAGAUGUCACGACAGGAAAAACGCAUCAAUGAGUCCACUGAUAGGAAUAUGUUCAGGCGACAAGCUGAAAGGGAAUCCCGCCGAAGUGAUCGUGCUGUAGAGCGAGACAAUCUCCAAAGGGAGCGAGAAGAAGCCAGGCGAACAGAGAUGCGCAGCGAUGCACGCAGACAAGAACGCGAAGUUGACCGAAGGGAAGAACGUGUUGCAGAGCGCCGUGUAGCAGAGCGCCGUGUAGCAACGGCCAGUCGCGUAGAUCGUGAAUCUCGUGAUGAAAGUGAAGAACAACAAGUGGGGCGAGAAAACCUAAGGAGAGAGGAGCGCGAGGAUACUCGACGUGUGGAACGCAGGGAAGACCGAGAAGAAAAGCGCGAAAAUGCACCAGUGAGUGAGCGACGAGAGGAACGAGAAGACACUCGCCGAGUAGAUCGUAAUAACCUAAGAAGGGUAGAAUCAGAAACUGAAAGAAGAGAGGAACGAGAAGAAGAUCGUCGAGUUGAGCAAGUAAAUUUCCGGAAAGAGGAGGCAGUACAACAACAAAGGGAGCUUAUUCGCAGGGAAGAGCGAGUAAUUCAACGGGAAGAGCGGGAAGUUCAAAGGCGUGAGGAUCGAGUGGAUUCCCAGCGAGUGGGACGUGAAUUUUCCCGGCGCGAGAUUCGUGAGCCUUCCGAGGAGCGAGUACUCCUUACAAGCCAGGUGAAAACGAAGGGCUGGUUGAGCUAUGGAAAACGCGAGCUGCUGAUGACUGGACAGGUUCUCCUCCUGGCCGCUCUCUACAAAAAGUCGACGGCCAGUGGCAAGGGUCUUGGCAAUUCUUUGAGUGAACAGAUUCAGGGCUAUCUGCAGGCCAUCGGCUGCUAAGCUGGUCAAAGAAAAUCGAUCCCCCCUUCCCUAAAUUGUUAGAACCAAAAUGAAUAAAUGGAUAUGGAUCAAGGCAAAACGGCAUGACUAACCCCGGAAAAUGCAAACGGACCCGAAAGCGAGCGACGAGCAGAAGGAUGGGACAGGAUGCUUCGCCGGAGCAUUGUACAAUUUAAUCCAACUGUUACUGUAACCAAAACACCCUCCUGUUAUAGCCAACAAAAGCAUAACGAAAAUAUAUGAUGGGAUGCUCGAGUAGCCGAGCAUCUGCAAACUGCAUUGCAA